GUCGAGAAGUAGCCUAUAUCAACGGAAAUCUUCCGGCACUCGACGAUCUUCUUCAUUUGAAUAAUAUCCCAUGAUCUAGAGAGAGAAAGAGGAGAGAGAGAGAGCGAUCUCUUCGACAAAAUCCCUAGAGAAGAGAAAAUCCUCGUAUCUCUCUUGCUCUUCUUCAGAUUCAGACAACUGCGGUUUGGAUUUUUGCCGGUCUUCGCCGCAUUUUCAAGCUCCAGAGUUUCUUGGGUCCUAAGUUACGGUCGCAAAAGCUUGAGGAUCUUGUGUUCAGUGUUCACCGUUUCUGCAACAGGAUAUAGACACAUUCACAUUCCGACACUUUUGUUGUCAAGAUUUCGUCUUUGAAGCUGUCUUGAAAAGAUCUUUUCUGUAAUGAAGAAGUUCGAAAGGCCGAGAUCAUCUUCCAGUGGUUCGCAAACGAGAAGACCCGCGAAUUUCGGGAGGAAAGAUCAAACCCCUCGUAAGGCGAACGGCUCGAAACCUCUGAACGCGGCACAACUGGUGUCCAAAGUGUUGGACGCGACAACAACUGAACCUUCUGUCUCGGCGGCUAACGACUCGACGUCCGAGUCGUCUGAAAUCUAUGACACCGUGAAUGUGCAUUACAUGGACGAUGCAAGGAGCUCUGUCGAAGACACUAACGAGAAGAAGAUGAAUGGUAAGAGUGAUGCGAAUCUGGAGGAUUCUGAAGAUGGAAAUGACGACGGAUCGAGCAAAGAUUCGGUAUCAUCUGCUGAAGAUAAGAGACCGAACAGGCAGCCAUGGAUAGUUUCCAAGAGCAGAAGCUCUCAAGACAGGCCCGUAACGUCCAAGGGGCGGACCGACGCAGAAAGUAUCAGAUCAAGACCAAACACCUUUCAUGGCAUUACUCCUAGGAUGUCCACAAAGCUCAGCAAAGGCCAAGCAAAGGUUACAACCGAUUUCACUUCCCACAGAAUCAGCACUGAAUAUGAGAAAUCUUCCGCUGAAUCUCCUCAACAGCGAUAUUCUAAAGAGAUCGAUCACAAGCCUUUCGAGGAGGACAAAGAAGAUGACGUAUGGGAAGAUGCUGAGAAUGAUACUCAUACCGCCGAAAGCGACAAUGAAUCAGUUGCGGUGAAGGAAAGUAAAAAGAGUGAGGCCGAAGAAGUAUUGAUCCAGAAGAUCGGAACCCUAGAGGCAAGAAUGGAGGAGCUUGAAGAGGAGCUGAGAGAUGUGGCUUCUCUGGAGAUUUCGCUCUAUUCUGUCUCCCCGGAACAUGGGAUCUCUUCAGACAAGUUGUACAAACCUGCCCGAGAUCUAUCCAGACUCUAUACGAUUGCUCGAAAGAGUCAAUCAGAAAGCAAGUUGGUCGCAGUAUCCAAAAACAUCAUGUCCGGUCUCUUCUUGGUUUCCAAGUCCUGCGGAACUGAUGUACCGAGGUUAACUUUCUGGUUGUCCAACAUUGUCGUGUUUCGAGAGUUCAUCACACGGGAAUUUGGUGGCGAGAAUGUAAACGGAUCAAAACCAGUUGAAGAGGACUGGAAGGAUGUUAGAACUCUGUUAGCGGAAAUAAGAAAGCUUGAAACUUUGGUAUUCACCCGGGCCGUCGAGUCCAUAUGGUCGCAGGUUCUGAUGACCCAUUUGAAACCGCGAGGGGAAGAUACAUCGGUCGGUAAGCGGAUCAGAUCAGCAAAAUUCAGCGAUUGUGUUACCUUAUGGGAAAAUUCUUUCGAGGAGGCUCUUCAUCGGCUUUGUCCUGUCCAAACAGGACAAGGAAAUUGCGGUUGUUUACCUGUCUUGACGAAAAUGGUCAUGGAGAAAUGUAUUGCAAGACUUGACAUAGCGAUGUUCAAUGCUAUUCUUCGUGAGUCCGCUCAUCAGAUUCCAACCGAUGCUGUCUCGGAUCCCAUCGGCGACCCGAGGCUUCUGCCAAUUACAGCCGGGGUUCUGAGCUUUGAAUCUGGUGUAAAGCUGAAAAACGCAGUUGGCUAUUGGUCGAGGUCACUCCUGGAUAUUUACGACAUCGGCUCCGAUGAUUCUCCCGAAGCCGAGCAUCAUAACAGCGCGUUCAAACCCUUCAAGCUGCUCAACGAACUGAGCGAUCUCCUAAUGAUUCCUAAAGAUACGCUCACUGACCAUUCCACCAGGGAAGAGGUGUGCCCGUCGAUUGGCCUGAGUUUGGUAAAACGGAUACUAUGCAACUUCACUCCCGACGAAUUUUGCCCAGACCCUGUCCCCGGAACUGUACUAGAAGAACUUAAUGCUCAGAGCAUCCUCGAGGGAAGAUCUUAUGGAAAUCCAACCAUAGGAUUUCCCCGACGAGCCGCACCAGUUUUGUAUACUCCCCCAUCUGCGUCCCAUCUGACAGAAACGACGACAGAAUUCAGCGGGAGAAUUCACUCGUCCAAGCCACGAAGGAACGGAUACAACAGCGAUGAAGAAGAAGAAGAAGAAUGGAGUUGCUUCCCUCGCAAUAACAACAGAUUCAGACCGUUAAAAGAGGUACAUCAUCUUUGAUAUGUCCUAACCCGAAAUGGUGUGAUUGCACUUGCACGUUCUUGCUUGAUGUGUAGUUGUCUGUAUACUGUCUCGUCAUAUGAUGUUUCUGUUCUACUACACGCAUCGGGUGAAAGAAGUGUUUCUGUACGUUCAAUGGGCGUAUCCUUUAACGUAUAUACGUACGUUUCGGCGAAACAUUGAUCCACAUUCCAAUUAGGUAUAUACGAUUUCGGGUUUGUAAUAAAUCCAUUUUUAGCCUGUUACAAUUUGGAUUAUAAUACAAGGUUGUAAUAAAUCAGUUUGCAAAUGCAAAAAGGUUAAAACUUUA